CGUGUGCCGCUUUCUCAUUGGCUUUGUUCCACCACUCUUCCCUCCACCUGAAAACUAGUCUCCUUUUAUUCAACAGUGGAGAGCCCUCUGUCAUCUAUCGAGGGACAGAGACUGGAGAAACAAUGGUGUCGACCCGCAGGAAGAAAGCCGACGGAGACUCGGCCAGUGAUAACUUCAACAGCCACACUAACAUUAGCAUUAACAAUGAGAAUGUAGAAGGCCUUGAACUCGAAGAGAAAGGAACUGGUGGUGGGGGGCCAGGGUAUGAGGAGUUUAGAGAGCAGAGAAUUAAAGAGAACAAGGAGAGAAUGAAGAAGUUGGGCAUUUUCGAUCUUUCUCUCAAGCUUAAGUCUCAAUCUCGCCCAAACAAAAAAGCCCUUCGAAAUGUUUCCACUCAGAAGAAACCUCAAGACCCUUUGACCCUCUCUGCCUCCCCGCGUCGCUCUUCUAGGUUGAAGACUCUGAAUCCAGUUAACUAUUCAGAAAUCUUUCAUCAAAAGAAGCAAGGGUCUGCUAAGGUUCUGGAGAUUCGGUUACGAGAAGGCUCUAAGCCGGAGAUAUAUUCAGAAGAAGAUGAGAAGCUUUUGGGUGAUUGUAACUCAACGUGGACUUUGUUCGUGGACGGGUAUGGCAAGGAUGGAAAGCGCAUAUAUGAUCCAGAGAAGGGAGAAACAUGUCAUCAAUGCAGGCAGAAAACUCUUGGGCAUCAUACCCAUUGCAGUAAAUGCAACAUGGGCCAAGGACAAUUUUGUGGGGAUUGCUUGUACAUGAGGUACGGGGAGAAUGUGAUCGAAGUCAACGAGAACCCAAAUUGGGUUUGCCCUGUUUGUCGUGGAAUUUGCAACUGCAGUUUUUGCCGGAAGGCGAAAGGAUGGGCACCCACUGGUUCUCUUUAUCGAAAGGUUAAAGAGCUAGGCUUCAAGUCUGUGGCACAUUAUUUAAUUCAAACCCGACGUUCUCAAAUUCAGUCAGAAGACUCUAGUAUUGAAAUUUUAGAAUGUGAAAGGAAAGAACUGCCUCCUGCAGAUCAAGGGUCCCAGCAUGCCGCCCAGUAUGAAUCUCUACAUGCAGAUGAGCUCGAACAUAGAUACCCUGAACUUGAACCGGAUGGCAAUGAAGUUGAGAUGGAAGAAGGCAAAAACCAAGUGUUCUGCUCUGGUACUGGUAUCCAUAAUUUAUUUAAUGAUAGUGAUGGUGAUGAUACUGUUUAUAACGUUAAUGGCGCUAAGAAGAUAUAGAAAACAUGGGGAGUGAUAAGACUGGAGAUAAUGAUAGUUGAAGGAAAGAGAGAAAACAUGGGUAUGCAAUGAGUUAGUGAAUUAAACUUGCACAUUGGCACCAGAGUAAUUCUAAUCCUCUGUUAGAAGAAUGAGCGUUACACUAAUGCUCAGAAGAAUUUACAUGCUCUUUCUGAUGAAAAGUUUUCCCAUUUUCACUAGUAAGGAUUCCCAAUUCUAUGCCUUUAUACACAAAGGGAGCACUACUACAUCAAGUUUUGUAAACUUGUUGCCUUUGGCAAGUUAUUCCAUGAUCUUCUUUUCUGUUCAGAAUGGUUUCUCAUCUAUAUUUUGUGAUGGAAUGGUGCCUGUUUACUGUGUACAUUCUCUA